AUGUCCACAACACAAGCACCACCAACAACGGCCUCUCCCCCAGAAGGCGCCUUCCCCCUCCCUCCCCUCCUAACUUAUCCCUCCUCGCCCGCCGGCUCCCCCGUUCUCAUCACCCAGGGCGCCGAGGCGCGCCUCUACCGCACAACUUUCCUCUCCCCCGACCUCCCCGCCGCCCUCAAGUACCGGCCCCGGAAGCCCUACCGCCACCCGACCCUCGACGCCCGUCUCACCCGCGCCCGCAUCCUCGCCGAGGCCCGCGUCCUCGCAAAAUGCCGCCGCGAGGGCUGUCCCGUCCCGGCCCUCUACGCCCUCGACGAGGCCGCCGGCUGGCUGAUGCUCGAGUGGAUCCCCGGCGCCCCUGUGAGAGUGCGCAUCAACGAGUGGCUGGACGGCAUCGUCGGAGGCGGUGACGCCGAGGGUGAUGCCGAGGGCCGCGGGGAAGUCGGAGGAGCAGGCUCUGUGGAAGCGGCCGCGCGCCGGCGCGAAACACAAGACGCGGGAGACGAGACGGCCGGGCGCGAGAGACGAGACGCGGCGGACCUCACCGGCCUCAUGCGCCGCAUGGGGGCCGCGAUAGGCAGGAUGCACAAGAUCGGCAUCGUCCACGGCGACCUGACGACCUCCAACAUGAUGCUGCGGCCGCCCAAGCCGACUUCUUCCUCCGCCACAACCGCUGCAAUCCCGCCUACAGACGACGCAGCGCCAUCGUCGCCAUCGUCCCCACUCGACGGCGACGUCUUCAUCAUCGACUUCGGCCUCGCCAGCCAGAGCACCUCGGACGAGGACCGCGCCGUCGACCUAUACGUCCUCGAGCGCGCCUUUGGCAGCACUCACCCGCGCGCCGAGGUUUACUUCCGUGACGUCCUCGACGCCUACCGCGACUCGUACAAGCAGGCGCCCGUCACGCUCAGGAAGCUCGAGGACGUUAGGAUGCGCGGACGCAAGAGGAGCAUGAUCGGCUAG